CAUGUAAACAAGGUCAGUUUAUUCACUUCAGCAGCAGCUUAUUCCAGACAGCCGCAGAGCUUCUCAUAUCUACUGUACUCCAGGUGCGAAUCCUUACAGAAAAACCCCAACAGCUUCACAGGAGAUUUCAUUGCAAAGCAGCCAAGAUGAUGCAGUGUCUCCAGUUCCUCGUUGAGCCCGCCAAGAACAUGACGGUCAAGCUUAAGGAGUCUCGCAAGAAAGCAAAAGAUGAGAAGCGGGAGCCUCUGAACGAAAUCCAAGAGUUCAUAGUGAACCUGUCAAAGGACCUGAACAGGGUUUGCCAGAGGUCUGAGGUGUUGGAGUACAUAUCCAGCUGUGAGGAUGUCUGGCCUACACUCACCUGCACAGCUUUUAUUCUGGAGUGGGCAUCUAUGCUGGAGAGCAAGAAAAGGCCAAUGCAGACCGAUGGUUGGCCAGGAAAGAAUGACUGGAAUGAUCUGGCUCUGAGCAGCGAGCAGAACAUAGAAAGUGCAAAAACGCUCAUUGCCAACUGGAUCAAGGACCUGAGGGCCCAGCCUGAGCAGAGCGUAUGGCCGGGGGAGCAGGUGGUGCAGGUGCUGGAUGAUUUGGAGAAGCAGUGGAGACGAGGCCAUAUACCCACUCUCCAGUCUGCCAUGGAGCUGGUUUUCUACACCCUACUGGCUAAAGAAGUGAACAAGGAAACCAUUCCCAAGCAGUGGCUUGUUUGGAAGCAGAGGAGUCAGAAAAUUGGUGCUAUGCCGUACAUUCCUCAGACCUUAUGGGACUGGAUCUGUGAUGCUGGAGUGGAGGUGUCUCUGGACCUGGACACGGCAAAUCCAGACCUGCUGAUAUCGGCUGACGAAAAGCGCAUGCGUUGCGGCUUCCAGCGCCAAGACAUGCCAAACUACCACCAGCGCUUUGAUGGCUGGUGGUGCGCCGUGGGCGCCGAGGGCUUCGGCUCUGGCCGGCGCUACUGGGAGGCGGAUGUGGGAGAGAUGGACUGGCGCCUCGGUGUCGCCAAAGAGUCCGCCCUGCGCAAGGGCUUCAAGUCUCUCAACACCAAUACUGGCUACCUUACUCUGCGGCUGGAGCGAGGGACCGAGCUGAAGGCGCUCACGGUGCCAUUCACGUCCCUCCCGGCUGCUCUCAUCCCACGCAAGGUUGGCAUCUACCUAGACUACGAGCAAGGCCAGUUGUCCUACUAUGAUGUCGAGCGCCGCGCGCAUAUCUACACGUACAACGAGAGCUUUGACGAGCAGCUCUUUCCCCUGUUUGGUACAGUGGAGAUCGUCAACGAUUUGGUGAUCAGAUCGCCCGGUGACAGGGGAAACUGUCUGUGUCUGUGGGGCUGAGGUUUAUUAAUGUGAAUCCGAGUAGUGUUCAAGCUCUAAAGCACUCCUAAAGUUAGGAACCCCUCUGGGUGUAAAUCUUAUCUUGAUUAAUGACAAAUAUUUAGCUUUAUAAAAUAAGCCAGAGUCUUGUUGUUGCUGCUGCUUCUGUUGUACUUACUGCACUACUACAUGCUAUUUGCACCUUAUUAGAAAGCAAACUGCACAGUAUCCAUGGUAUGUAACCACUUAAAGGAUCGUAUGCAUUUGUAUUAUAUUCCUGUCAUAGAAAUGCACUUUACGUGAAAAUUUAAUCUGAAUAAACUUUAUUCAUCUCAA